GCAUCUCGGUUUUGGGCAGUUCUUAUCGGCAUCGACGCAUACCCGUCUAAUCCGUUGCGUGGUGCUGUAUCAGAUGCGUUAACAAUGAGGAAAUUUCUCAUUAAUGACCUUGGCAUUCCAGAACAUCGCAUCCAGUAUCUCCUCGGCCCUCAUGAUCCUACAACGGGCGAUCCUCUGGCACCUUCCCAUGCUAAUAUCAUAAACACGCUCCACAGUCUUAUUUCCAACGAAGAAAUUCAGCGGGGUGACAAUAUCAUCAUCUACUACGCUGGGCAUGGCUCAAGCUACCAACGUUCAAUGCAUUCCGCUACAGCGAAAUCUAAAUACAGCAGGAAUUUCUGUCCUGUCGAAGCUCUAUGCCCCAUCGAUCGAGACACCAAGGAUGUCGAUGGACGUUGGAUACCCGACAUCAGUGACCGUGAACUCAAUGUUCUUUUCACAGAAAUAUCUCGCGUCAAGGGACAUAAAAUCACGUUCAUCCUGGAUUGC